GGUUGCGGGAGAGGUUCCUGGACCGGUUACACCAGAAACCCCAUCAACCAGCUGCUUUGUCCGCCUCCGCCCCCGGCUCCCACAGUGGACGCCUUUUUAAAACAAGUGCGGGGCGGGAAGGACCCCCAAAGAAAGCCGGGCAAGACGGAUCCUACCAUCCUGUCUCAGAGGGAACGCAUACCAGAGUGGCCAGCUGGAGCUGCCCGGGGUCGGGAUCGCGGUCGCAGCGCCCCCUCCCGGCCCAGGCCUGGCAGUGUCCCACGGACACGGGGAUCCCGCACUGCGGGGAGGGGGGCCGCGCCUCUGCAGGGCGGGGACUGGGGGACACGCAGGCGGGGCGGCCCGGAGUGGCCCAGGCGCGGCCUCUGUCCCGGCGCAGCUCACCAGGCUCUUCUCCUGGAGUGUCGGCGCCGCCCAUGGCCGAAGUGCUGGAUCCGGACCCCAGGACAGCCGAGUGCUCGGAGGCCCCGGCAGUGGAGACGCCGGGCUGGGAGGCCCCGGAGGACACUGGCCCCCAGCCCGGAAGUUAUGAGAUCCGCCACUAUGGACCGGCCAAGUGGGUCAGCACUUCAGUGGAGUCUACGGACUGGGAUUCAGCCAUCCAGACUGGCUUUACCCGGCUGAAUAGCUACAUUCAAGGCAAAAACGAGAAGGGUGAAGAGAUGAAAAUCAAGAUGACAGCUCCAGUGACAAGCUACGUGGAGCCGGGUUCAGGUCCUUUUAGCGAGUCUACCAUUACCAUUUCCCUGUAUAUCCCAUCUGAACAGCAAUCUGAUCCGCCCAGGCCUACAGAGUCAAAUGUCUUCAUUGAAGACAGAGCUGAAAUGACGGUGUUUGUACGGUCUUUCGAUGGAUUCUCUAGUGCCCAAAAGAACCAAGAACAACUCUUGACAUUAGCAAGCGUGCUGAGGGAAGAAGGAAAAGUUUUCGAUGAAAAGGUUUACUACACUGCAGGCUACAGCAGUCCUUUCGAAUUGCUGGAUAGAAAUAAUGAAGUGUGGUUGAUUCAGAAAAAUGAACCCUCCAAAGAAACGGAAUGAGAAAAUGAGGGCAAGUCCAUUGCCAGGGGCAAAACUUCUGUUUAACAUAGACAUCAACAUUACCUGUAAGCAAACUGUGUCUGGUUUUUCUUUUUCUUUUUUUUUUUUUUUUGUUGUUGUUGUCUUUUUGCCUUUUCUAGGGCCCCUCCCUUGGCAUAUGGAGGUUCCCAGGCUAGGGAUGGAAUUGGAGCUACAGCUGCCGGCAUACAUCACGGCCACAGCAACUCGGGAUCCGAGCCGCAUCUUCGACCUACACCACAGCUCACAGUAAUGCCGGAUCCUUAGCCUACUGAGCGAGGCCAGAGAUCGAACUCGCAGCUUCAUGCUUCCUAGUCAGAUUCGUUAACCACUGAGCCACGACGGGAGCUCUUGUGUCUGGUUUUUCUACCUGAGAGCACCACUGUGAAUUGAGCUUAUUUCCACGGUGCCUUUUUCAUCCUUGAUGCUUCAGAUACACAGAUAACAGGGGACACAAUUCUUUAAACAUGGAAAUUGGCCUUUAUUUCUAUGAGGCUCCAGGGAAACGUCCUGUUACUUCCUCUUUCUUCACUUUAUCACAUUCAUGUUGUCUUAUUUCUCCUUGGCUUUGUGUCAGUUGGAUGUUACCUCCUCCAGAUAUUAUUGAUAAAAAUGUUAAAGUUUAUCCUGUGUGGAACUACUAGGCUGUCAAGCCUGGAGAGGUGAAAUUUGGUUAGAAACAAAAAUCAAAUUUCUGUUGUGGCCGCCACUGGUACUUUCUUUGAGAGCCCCUUUCCCUCUCUGCCCACUGCCCUCACUACACAAGAAAAACUCACACAGUUCCCAAAGUGCUGAUAAUAGUUCAUGACAAAGAAUACACUUGUGAAGUUAGGGACUUCCUGUUUUAUUUUGAUCCUCAAGAAAGGCUUGUUUUUCCCAAAAGAAAUGUAUAUAAACAUAGAAUUUUUAAAUUCAUUUGAAUUUUUUAAGUAGGCAGUAUUUCUGGAGGUCAUAUAAAAAUGAUUCAGGGAGUUCCCAUAGUGGCUCAGCGUAAUGAACCCUACUGGUAUAUCCAUGAGGAUGCAGGUUCAAUCCCUGGCCUCACUCAAUGGAUUAGGGAUCCGGCAUUGCUGUGAGCUGCAGUGUGGGUCGCAGACGCAGCUUGGAUCUGGCAUGGCUGUGGCUGGCAGCUCCAAGUCAACCACUAGCCUGGGAACUUCCAUAUGCUGUAUGUGCAGCCCUAAAAAGCAAAAAAAAAAAAAAAAAAAAAAAAAGAGAGAGAGAGAGAGAGAGACUCAUUAUUCAAAGUGUGGGUUGCUGCAAAAGCAAGGAGGUUGGAAUCCUGACCUCAUUACUGGAAAGCAACCAUCCCGGAGAGGACAAUGUCACAUCCAGAUACCUGGAAGCCUCUCAUGGGAAGAUCACAGCUUUACUGUGAGCUUCCAGGGGGAUGAUGUUGUAGGCAUGAAGGAGAGCAGGUUGGAGCUCAGUAACUUCCCAAUAGGUAAAGCUGCCCACAAAUGACAUUACUUUCAUUCCCAUUAUUGUACGCAUUCAGGCAGGGGCCAUGUGAUCACUUAUAUGGGAGACUUGAAUAUCCAGCGGAUGAAAGGAUGAGGCCAGAUGAUGCUCAAGGUCCCUUCAGCCCCAAUAUUAGAUGAUAUCUCUUAACACUAGUCUCCCUAACCUGGAUACAGUAGACCAACAUACCUUAUUAAUGGUUUCCAUAGCUAACCAUUUAUGGAUUGUCUUCUAGAUGCACUAUUUCAUGUAAAUUCCCACAGUCAACCCUGUAUGAGACCUUGUAUUGUCAUUUGACAGAUUAAGUCAUGAGGCACAGAGAUGUUAGGUAACUUGUCCCAGAGGCAGCUGUAAGGACAGAGGCCGAUUCCAGCCCAGGCAAUGGGGCACCCACUGGCAGUCAGUGUUCGGGAGUGUAGCUUUCUCAGGCCAUCAGUGGCUGGGACUGUGUGGAGGUGUUCUUGCUGCAUGUCGUGCAUGCAGAAUAAACAUGAUCAUGACCUCAGAAGUACCUUCUUAGACUGUAAUUGGGGUACAAAACAAGCUGUAUUUCCAGUUUUGAAAUUAGUAUAUGGAUCUACAUUUUAAAAUCUCAGACAAUCACUUUCCAAAAGUAUUUGCUUACAUGGAGUAUUUUUUGAUCCUUUGCAUGUUUGUGUUUGCCAAAAAUAAAUUUCUUUUCUAGCUCAUUCACUGAAA